AUGAUGGACGUGGCCAGUUGGAAGGAGAUGGAGGUGGCUCUAGUCAGCUUUGACAACGCUGAUCAGAUCGUGGAGGACCCUACUUACUCCAACGACCUCAGCCCCGCCGGCCAGUCGAGGAAAGGCCACCCCAGCUGCGCCAACCUCCUCUCCAACCUGAGGAUCCUCAUCAACAGCGAGAACGCCAACAAUGAGACCAUCUUCUCCCGCUUCUCCGCCGAGUUCAGCGACCACCUGGUGGGGGAGAGGGUGGGCAUGGAGGAGGGGGACCAGCGAGUCAUCAUCAACAUUGCCGGGCUGAGGUUCGAGACACGGCUCAAGACCCUCGACCAGUUCCCCGAGACCUUGCUGGGGGACCCUGAGAAGAGGAUGCGUUACUUCGACUCCAUGAGGAACGAGUACUUCUUCGACAGGAACAGGCCCAGCUUUGAUGGCAUCCUCUACUACUACCAGUCUGGGGGCAAAAUACGGCGCCCAGCCAACGUCCCCAUCGACGUCUUUGCCGACGAGAUCACCUUCUACGAGCUGGGCGACGAAGCCAUGGACCAGUUCAGGGAGGAUGAAGGCUUCAUCAAGGACCCCGAGACCCUCUUGCCGACCAAUGACUUUCACAGGCAGUUCUGGCUGCUCUUCGAGUACCCUGAAAGCUCCAGCGCGGCCAGGGGCGUAGCUUUGGUCUCCGUGCUGGUCAUCGUCAUCUCCAUCAUCAUCUUCUGCAUGGAGACCUUGCCGGAGUUCAGGGAGGAAAGGGAGUUCAAGUCGGUCCAGGAGCUCUCAAAGAACCUGACAGACACCUUGCUGGCCCACAGCACCUUCACGGACCCUUUCUUCGUCAUAGAGACCGCCUGCAUCGUCUGGUUCUCCUUCGAGCUCUUCGUCCGCUUCGUCGUCUGCCCUAGCAAGACGGAGUUCUUCCGCAACAUCAUGAACAUCAUCGACAUCGUCUCCAUCAUCCCCUACUUCGUGACGCUCACCACCGAGCUCAUCCAGCAGAGCGAGCUCAACGGCCAGCAGAACAUGUCCCUGGCCAUCCUGCGCAUCAUCCGCCUGGUCAGGGUCUUCCGCAUCUUCAAGCUCUCCCGGCACUCCAAGGGGCUGCAGAUCCUGGGCCAGACCCUCAAGGCCAGCAUGAGGGAGCUGGGCUUGCUCAUCUUCUUCCUCUUCAUCGGCGUCAUCCUCUUCUCCAGCGCCGUCUACUUCGCCGAGGUGGACGAGCCCCAGUCCCACUUCUCCAGCAUCCCCGAUGGCUUCUGGUGGGCCGUGGUGACCAUGACCACGGUGGGCUAUGGGGACAUGUGUCCCACCACCCUGGGGGGCAAGAUCGUGGGGACUCUGUGCGCCAUCGCCGGGGUGCUGACCAUCGCCCUGCCCGUCCCUGUCAUCGUCUCCAACUUCAACUACUUCUACCACCGGGAGACGGAGAACGAGGAGAAGCAAAUGCUGCCAGGGGAGGUGGAGAGGAUCCUCACCAGCGUGGUCACAGGCGCCGGCAGCAUGGAGUCCCUCAACAAGACCAACGGAGGCUACCCACGAGACAAGGCCAAGAAAUGA